AGUUCUCAUUUAAUCGGUGAAAAUGGACACCAUCAAAAAAUCGACUAGAGAACACACUGACACGUAUGACAGACUGGAUUGUCAUGAUGAAAUGGAUAUAGAUGAGCAGCCGCUUGAUGCAGACCAGGAGAGGCAACACGUGACCGUGUCCUCCAUGAGACCUGACUUCUCUGUGAAUCAGUACAGACUCCUCGUAAUCAGCCUGGCGGUGCUCGCCGUCAUUCUCCUGACCGUCAAUAUUGGUCUGGGUGUUUACUAUAGCAAACUUACUGGAGGCUAUUUAGUGACAGACAUCAACAGAGAGCUUGCAAAGCUGCAGAAAAUAUACAACCAAAUGGUCCAAGGCAAAGAGGAAGCCCAGAAACAGUUGGUGAAAGAGAUGAGUGAUCAUCAAUUCACCAAGUGGGAGAUGGAGCACCAGAUAAGAAGAACCAAAGACUACCAGAAACAGAUUGAUAAAAUUCAGACGGAUGUGUCUGCGCUGAGAUCUCACCUCCCUCUGAUAAAGGACGGGUGCAGACACUGCUUACCAGGGUGGACCUACAUGGAGUCCACUUGUUUCUACUUUGCCAUCUCCGAGAGUCACUCAAGCAGGACGUGGUACAGUGCCCAGUCGUUCUGCAAGGCCUACAAAGCCGAUUUGGCCAUCAUCAAUAGCAGAGAGAAACAACUGGCAGUAUUUAAUUUGAUCAACAACUAUCAUGACCCGUCGAGACCACGUGACCAGACUGGUCUCUGGACUGGACGGACAGACCAGGACCAGGAAGGAGUCUGGAAAUGGGUCGAUGGGACCAGACUAUCUGAAGGGUAUUGGCGUGUAGGAGAGCCCAACAACCAACAAAAUGAAGACUGUGCUGCUGUAUAUCCAGCAGACAACCCCUUCCAAUCAUGGAACGAUGCUCCAUGCAGGUAUAGCCUGAAGUGGAUUUGUGAAAUGGAGCCAAAAUCUUCCAGUUAA